AUGGGUCAGACUGCGACCAAAGAAUCUCCUGACGAGUUUCUCCCGCCUGUUCAAACCCGGGAGGAACUUUAUGAGAGACUUAAAUGGCGUCUCUGGAAGGAUUGUCUGGGUGAUGUUAAGCAUGAAUGGUUUCGAGCCAUUUUCCAGAUUUUCUGUACCGAGUCAGAAUCAGAGAAAUUCUGGACGGUGUCCGACCUGCAGGAAUUCAUGAUUAGCACCUUUCCUCCAGAGUUGGCAUCGUGUGUCCGUGAAGCUGCUCCGAUCUUACAUCGUUGUCUCGUGCGACUUGGAUCGUUUCCUUACCACAACGAUCCACAACGUACUCUGUUGCAGGACGUCCUGCGUACAGGAAUGAUUAUCCUGCUAAGAUUGAAUGGAGGGAAGCUUCUUGAACAAGACGACGGCAAAGCGUCACUCAUCUACCCCGAUCGUCUCAAUGCUGCACAACGCACCUUAUUGUUUCAGAGCAUGGCAGACAUGCAAGCAGCUAACACCAAUACACCUCGCAAUGCGGAAGAUGACUUUCAUCUUCAGCGAGCGCUUGAUCUGAUUACUUACGGUAAUUUCAGCCGCAAUCCAUUGUUUCCGACCGCUGUGACCAAAGGGCCUGAGUAUCCUCCCGCUGAACAUUUUCCGUCGUCCAACUCAACGUUGACAAACGGAUAUAUCCCCGUGAAGGACUUUAGACCCUUGCUACGGCUGAUGCUUCUAACGCAGCUGCAUGUGGCCGGUAUUGACCCGGAUGAGUUCACCUCCUGCCUAGCGCAGGUUGAAACGGUGACCGACUGCCUGCUGGCCGCAUUUCAAGAGCAAAACGCCGCAGAUUCUACUGGUAUAUCAUUCGCGACUUUCAACCAUGUACUUGGCAGGUCACUGCAAAACCUUUUCUUGGGACUGCCCCGAGUGUUCGGGCCGUUAUACUCGGUCAAACCCUUGCCGUCUGAGAAGCUCCCAUCAUCAGUUGGCGACGCGCAAAUGCUACUGAGGAAACUGUUUGCUCCUUCAACCAAGACACAGCCUCCUCCAGAGGGGUUGAUCACGAAUCUCCCCCUCCUAAGUCUGCUCUCGAUCGCCUUGCCCCAAGACUUUCCCGUCGAAGCGCAAAAGAGACUCUAUUCUUCUGGGGAUAUAGAUAUUCAGCAGAUACACACUUGCGUGUCCCUGGUCAGCACAGCAAAAGUUAUGCUUGUGUCAGGCAACGGAGCAUCGGAAUCUGUUAUCUUUGGCGCAUACUUUCCCAAGGGCUCCUCACUCAGCGGGGUUGCCAAGUCAAACCUCAUUUUCCAGCUUACGCCAGUUCCCAGAGUCUUCUAUAGCUCUGAGGAGACGUCGCAGAUCAACCCGAACUGCUCUACAACAGACAGUCGAUUGGAAGUUUCGGUGAAAGAUGAUGUUCUGGGCUUUAUUACUUUGGCGUUGCAGUCGGACUCGACAGGCGCCCUUACAGCACGUGAACAAGGGGACAUCAGUCUGACAUUUGACGUUAACGCGGUGGAGGUUUUCAGUUAUGAGGGGGAGUUUGUCCGUGUUGAUACUUUCAAUUAG